GUGGUUGACUUCUUGUCUAGUGAACACCGCAAGAUGAGGGUCCCGCUGUUGGUGCUGGGAGCAGUACUGCUGUGUGCAGCGGUUGUGCUCGGACAAGAGACCUCAAGAGGACGCGGAAGACUCAGGGAGCUGGUCCAGAAGGCACGCGCCGGCGAUGCAGAAGCUCAGGCUUUGCUGGCUUCCCGACGCAAGAAGGUUGUUGGGACUGAGAGACCAGCUCAAGGAGGAGGAGUGAGAGAACGUGAACAAGCCACCGUCGCUGCAAUUCUAGGGGGAGUUGCAACAGCCCCUGCACCAGAAGCAACAGAGCAACCAAGCAGAACCCAAGGACUUCUGGCAAGGACCCGACAGAGGGGAGAAUCUCUUUCAGCACAAUCAUCCAGGAACAGAGGAGGUUCUCGGGCUCAACAGGCUGAAGUUACAACAUUCAGACCAAAGGCCCCGCCUCUGCCAACGACAACACCUGCUCCUCCUAUAACUGAGGCAGAAACUCAACUGCCCUUCGAAGAGGACACUUUCGCUGAUACGGAAAUAAAUCUUGAGGCAGGUAACACUGUAGAUCUAACACCUACUAAUGUAAUCCCUUCCAUGUUCCAGCCUGCCCAAUUCGGUCCAGGUGGUAGAGGAGUGCAAGCUGGAUCAGAAUCUAUCAUACGAGCCCCAAGACCUGUGGCUCGAGAGCAGACGACUCAACCCAGAACUCGUCAGCCUCAUAGAGCAAUCCAGAGAGGAUUGGAAACAGGAUCUAGAUCUGAAUUCAUUAAUCUCGUAGAACCAGCAGCAGAAAACGAGGAACCAAGAGCCCCACCGAUUCAAACUACUCGCCGCUACUCCUACUUUGACGAAGCUGGAAACUAUAUUUUCGGAUACGAAGCUGAAGAUGGCUCGUUCAAAGAAGAAAUUAGAGGCAAAGACUGUAUUGUCAACGGAAAGUAUGGUUACGUAGAUCCUGAUGGUAUCCGGAGAGAAUUUACGUACGUCUCUGGUAACAAAUGUGAUCCCAACAAUCCUGAAAGUGAUCUUCUGCCAGAUGGAACUAGAAUUCCGUCUGGUGAUCAGUUCCUUCACCAAACUCAAGAACAAGCUUUGACAGACGUUGAGCUUUCAGCUUUAGCAUUCAACCGAAGACGCCGACCUGUUCAACAAUCUUCAACCAUUGAUGCGUCGCAGCAACGUCAUUCUUCUCGCCCACAAGUAUCACGCCCGAGGACAAGACCUGCUCCACAACCUGAACGGUUCGCCCCUCAACCUGAACGGUUCACACCUCAACCUGAACGGUUCGCACCUCAACCUGAACAGUUCGCUCCUGAACCUGAACAGUUUAGUCCCCAGUUUGCAGAAACCUCUGAGCCUCGGCUUCCAGAACCAGAGCAAGCAGUAGAUCUAACACCCACUAAGGUUGUGCCCUCUAUGUUCCAGCCAGCACAGUUUGGUUCGGAUGGUAGAGGAGUGGCCCCAGCACAAGAUAGGUUCCCUGUUCCUGAUUUCCUCAGUUCUUCAUCGAGGUCUGGUUCUUCACAAAAGAGAAAAGAAUCAAGGUCACGUCAGCCUCAGCAGCCUGAAAGCCGGCAUGAAGAGCGCCAGCAAGAGAGACCGAGACAGGAGCAGCCUGCAGCAGCCUCUCCCGUUGACCUGACACCGACGAACGUAAUUCCUUCAUUGUUCCGGCCAGCUCAAUUCGGUCCAGGAGGACGUGGUGUCCAGCCAACCGAUGCCGUCACAAGACCUCCAGUCAACUUUAACUUCGACCAGGAAUUUAGAAGCGUAUUUUCUCACUUUGAUCGUCAGGGAUCUUCCAACUUCAAUCCAAAGCCGACUCCUCGUCCAACCCCACCACCGACGACCCCACGACCUAUACCUCCACCAACUCCGCGUCCUGCUCCUUCCCCUGCACCAACAUCCGGACCCAGAGAAAUCCCAUCUCUAUUUAGGCCAGCCCAAUUCAGUUCUGUAACCUCCGCACCUGCUCCUUCUAGACCAAGAAUCGAAGACAAUUCUCUCACCUUGUCUGCAACUCCUCAGACCGGCGCUCAACAGCUUGUGUUCGAUGCCUCGACCGGAACAUUCAAAACAGUUCAUCUUCAAUCGACGAACAAUCACUUCGUAGCACCCGUUCCUACCCAGCCUCCUCGACCUCCAACUCAACCACCGCCACCUCCUCCCACUACACCUCGACCACCUCCUCCUCAGACAUCCUUCUCCCAAGGGGGACGAGCCUUGCCAAUUUUCGAAGAAUCGAACUUCAGAAACCCUCUGCCUCCGAUCCCAACUUCUGCAGCCGAAUUCGAUCGAUUCUUUGCUCAGUUCCCGACAGCCGGCUGAGUAACGAAAUAAUUUUCACCAUAAUGUAAGUUACGUUUUAUUUUUAGUUAUUAAGCUUCAGUGAAGUGAUCGACGUUCAACAUUGCCAUAUUGCUUCUGAGUUCAUAGAGAGUAAGGAAUUGCGAAAAUCAAUCCUGUUUAUGUGAAUUAUUUCUAGAAUGAGAAGCCUAUAGAAAAUAGUUAUUGAUCAUGCGCUUAUUUAUUUGCAGUGUGCGUCAAUUUUGAUGAAUUUGUUUAGUUAAAUUUAGAGUAUCAAAUAUCCAUCUGGGAUCGAAAGCUCAAAUAUUAUUCUGGUUUAAUUUACAAAUCUCUACCAAAGAAAGACAAUCUAUCCAAGUACAGAGUGCAGCAUGCGUUAACUUCAACGAGUUGAAUAAAUCUUUGUUACUCGA